UGAACCCGGAAGUGUUGGACGCUCAUGUGUGGUGUAAGCCUGAGCUUGGAGACUCAUGCAGUGCUCGCAGAGGUUGUUGAUGUUGCGGGCAGUCCCCAGAUGUGUCCUGAACAUCUGCAGCCUUGGAGCGUCAUGCAGAUCGCGUGGAAAAGCGCUGCAUUUCGGCAGGAAAGACUUGUGCUGUGUGGAAACGGUGAAGUCGCUCCUGAGGCUGAAUCUGAGCCGGUGUUUGUGUUCAUGUUCCCCAGUGAGAAAGUGCUGGAGCUGCGGUUCCUCAGCUCAGCUGUUCUUCUGCUCCUCCUGUAACACCAUCCAGCCUCCUCGCCAUAAAGCUACUUAUUUUGAGAUUUUAAACUGUGAUCAGACGUUUGAUUUGGACGCUCGAAAGCUUCAGGUGAAAUACCUCGAGCUGCAAAGAUCUCUGCAUCCUGACAACUUCAGCCAGAAAUCACAGACAGAACAGAAGUAUUCUGAAGAACAAUCAUCUUUGGUAAACAAAGCCUACAGGACUCUACAGAAACCUAUCACACGUAGCGCCUAUUUGCUGCAGUUGCAAGGAGUCGAGCUGGAGGAAGGUACAGACUCUACAGCCGAUCCAGCCUUGCUCUCAAAGGUCAUGGAAGUCAAUGAGAGGUUGGCAGAGACUCAAAACAUCGACGAGGUGAACGCUGUAGGCCAGGAAGUGCAAGUGACACUAAAAAACCUGACUGAACAGAUGAAUGCGUCGCUAAACAAAGGGGACCUGCAGUCAGCCAGAGAGAUCCUAACCCAGAUGAAAUACUUUGCAAAUCUGGAAGAGAAGAUAAAGGAGAAACUGAGGAAAAACUUGUGAGGUGGCGCAGAAGGACUUCCUCUGUAUACCAGCCAUAGCCAUGUUGAAAUUUUAGUCGUAUAUAAAAGUUGAAUAUGUGGUAAAUUAAAGUCUAUUUUCAAA